AACCGUUUAAUUUCGUAAAAUAAACCUCAAAAAAUAUAAUUUCAAACGAUUUACAGAAUAAUCCAUAUCAAAUGCUAGGCAAUGGCCUCUAGUUUUGUCUCAGUGUUCAAAAUCAACGGCGUCCCCAUCUUGCCACCCGUGAUAACAUUAGAAGUAAAAAAUGAGCUUGUUCAGUAUCGCCAAAAAGCUAUUGAAAUUGAACAAAGAAUCCGAGAAUCCAAAAAUAUUGAAGUCAAAAAAGUGGUUUCAUCCGAUUUUGAUACUCCGAACGUAACAGCUUCUUUAACAAGAAGUCAGUCAUUUACAUUAGAAGCUCCAAGUCCAGGUUUGGUUAAUCUUCCCGAUUCAACAAUACAUCAUCUACCGGAGCUCUCAAGCCCCAAAUCCCUCCAACAAGAUCCAAGAGAACAAACUUCGCCGCUAGGGCGUCUUAUAAGAUCUAAUUCAUUUACUCUAGAUAAUCCAAGCCCACUUCUUAUAAAACAUCUACAAAAUGAAAAUUUAUACCUUGAACAAAAUUGUGGCGUUGACAAAAAUCAUGUCAAAAGACUGGACUUCAGUGUUGAUGAAAAAUCGACUAAGAAUAAAAAAUCAGAUACCAAAUGCAAUGGAAAACCAAAAUGGGUCGCCACGAAAAAGGUUUCUCCGAAACCUGUGUCUCCAUUGAGAAAGCAAAAAAGUCCUUAUGGGUCGUUCUCUGUUACGCCCAAACCAUGGUUAGCGGCCAGGAUUAGACAGAAAACGCCAUCCAAAAAGGAACCUUCGACUGUUAAGCCAGGCUUUUCAACUAAAUCCGAAAACAACCCUAUGUCGCCUAGCGUAGAUGAUUGCCAUAAGCGGAUCCAAGCAAUGCAAACAGAACAUGAAAAUCGUAUGAAGGACCUAUUGAAACGCCAGGAGGAAGAACAGCGACAACUACAGGAAAGUUUCCGUCGCCAGCAAGAAGAACUGAUGCAAAUGCUGCCUACGCCGGACGUAGACCAGAUCCAUACCUCUACUCCACUGCUAACCAGUCCCAAUGAGUCUCUUGUGGGUACUGACAAUGCACAAAAUAUACUUUCAUUCAGGAAACUCAAUAUAAGCUCCAAAGAUUUUGUCAAUCGCAGCGAAUCCCAAUCUAGCAUAUCGCAUUUAUCAUCAAGUCAAACUCUUUUUAUUCCAUCCGACAGCAGUCGAACGAGUGCUGAUUUCGAUGAAUCAACCGAAUUAUACAAAACUUGUAAUAAUUACAGUUCUGACAACAAAACCAACGAAGAAGUUCAUGAAAAUUAUAAUUUUAAAAGCAUUCGUAACUAUCUAGAAUCUAUUAACUCAAAUGUAGAAGACAAAGAUCUCAAGAAACUUUCUCAUUUGGAGACAACUCAAAGAAACUAUGACCAGAAAAGUUGUCCAUUGAAUAACGCAGCUACCAUAAUUAACGCGCACGUACGAGGUUACCUAACACGGCGACUUUUUCAGACGGAUCGUGUACAAAAAAUCGUACAAGUUAUCCGUGAUACGCUUCUUUUCAUAUUGGACAUGCACCAUGAGAGGGCUAUCUCAAGGCAGCAUAUUCAUAGCCCAGCCGAUGUUCAGCUAAAGCGAACUCUCCUACAUCAACUGUCAUCCGCUUGCUAUCAGCUUCAUGACAUAUUUUUCGAAACUUCCACGGUAGAACGUAUGGAAAUUAUUCGGAAGGAUCGAGAGUUUCUGAAGCGUAGACUGAUAGAUCGUCCUCGCACUGGUGGUUCCGCAAGUUCCAUCAAAUCCCAGCGUACUGCCCACAUAGUAGGAUACGGCAAGCCAACAAUUCUGCGAAAACUACAAACGUGUGCCUUGUACUCCGUAAAUAUAGAAGGGAAAGCUUCUGAGGAGCCGUCCAACGAAGAUGAGAUUAACUCUACGGACGUGGUUAAAAGUACCAAGGAUGCCAGUUUUUCAUUGAUCACACCAUCGUCAAAAAUAUCAGCUAAGAGUUCUCCAUAUUCGCCGGUCUCAUCCAUAAACCGUUCAAAAAAAGCGUCGACCAAAUCUCUCAAUAUCUCUGCUAAUUGGCAGAGCAAAUCGGAAAUAGUUCGCCCUAAAACGUCUGACCCCCAACUCACCGGAGUGCCUUAUCGUAAACCUGUAUGGGAUCAACGUCACUUUUAACUAAAAUAAAUACAGCAAAUAUUCUUAUAAUUCAAUUUAUAUUUAUACAAAUUUCAAUAAAAAUGUUCAAUGAUUCUGUUUAA